UUACCUCAUUCCAUUACAUCUCAAAACGCCAAAACACCCCCUCGGAAAAUAAGGAACAAAGAAAAAACGAUACACCAUCACUCGAUCUUCUGUUCUUCCUUAAGUCCGAUUUGGAUCUGUGAUUCACUUAAUAAUACUUUAAAUCCUCGAAUUUCGUAAUUUAGAAUCAUAAGGAGUUGUUUAUCGAUCAAUUUUGUUCCGUGAUUACUUAUAAUUUAUGAAUAAGAUGUUCCGAUUCGAGCAAGAAAAGAUCAGAAAACGGCUUUGAUUAUUGUUUUAUUUUCCUGAAUUGAAUAGAGGAUUUUGAAUCAUUGUUGUUUCUAACAACGUCUGCUAUGGCCGACGGUUUAUCCGCCAUUCCGGCGGCCGUUCUCCGAAACCUGUCAGAUAAGUUAUACGAGAAGCGGAAAAAUGGUGCACUUGAGCUUGAAGGAAUUGUAAAGCAAUUGACAGUUGCCGGAGAUCAUGAUAGAAUUAAUGCUCUGAUUAAUCUGUUGACUCAUGAGUUCACUUUCUCAAACCAAACAAGUCAUCGGAAGGGAGGAUUGAUUGGACUGGCUGCAAUUACUGUUGGGCUGAGUGCCGAAGCUGCUCAACAUCUUGAGCAAAUUGUACCACCGGUGAUAAACUCUUUCUCCGAUCAAGACAGCAGAGUUCGUUAUUAUGCUUGUGAAGCUUUAUACAACAUCGCAAAGGUUGUGAGAGGAGACUUCAUUGUGUUCUUCAAUAAGAUAUUUGAUGCUUUAUGUAAGCUUUCAGCAGACUCAGAUCUCAAUGUACAAAGUGCAGCUCAUCUGUUAGAUAGACUCGUUAAGGACAUUGUGACAGAGUCUGACCAAUUCAGCAUUGAAGAAUUUAUACCUUUGUUGAGAGAGCGAAUGAAUGUGUUGAAUCCUUAUGUUCGCCAGUUUUUGGUUGGAUGGAUCACUGUGUUGGACAGUGUUCCAGACAUAGACAUGCUCGGUUUUCUUCCUGAUUUUCUUGAUGGUUUAUUUAAUAUGUUAAGUGAUUCCAGCCAUGAAAUCCGCCAGCAAGCUGACUCAGCACUUUCAGAGUUUCUUCAGGAGAUCAAGAACUCUCCGUCUGUAGAUUAUGGUCGCAUGGCAGAAAUACUUGUACAAAGAGCAUCUUCCCCUGAUGAAUUCACUCGUUGGACUGCAAUCACAUGGAUAAACGAGUUUGUAAAACUUGGGGGUGAUCAAUUGGUUCCUUAUUAUGCUGAUAUAUUAGGAGCUAUCUUGCCUUGCAUAGCUGAUAAAGAAGAAAGAAUACGUGUUGUAGCUCGUGAAACAAAUGAAGAGCUCCUUGCAAUCAAAGCCCAUCCUUCUGAAGGAUUUGAUGUUGGAGCAAUUCUCUCCAUUGUAAAAAGGCAGUUGUCAAGUGAAUACGAAGCCACUCGGAUUGAAUCAUUGCACUGGAUUUCAACCCUUUUAAAUAGACACCGAACAGAAGUCCUGUCUUUUUUGAAUGAUAUUUUUGACACACUUCUUAAAGCACUAUCGGAUCCCUCAGAUCAGGUAGUGCUCUUGGUGCUCGAGGUGCAUGCAUGCAUAGCAAAAGACCAAUAUAACUUUCGUCACCUUGUUGUCUUUUUAGUUCAAAACUUCCGAAAAAAUGGUCUACUCCUUGAAAAGCGUGGUGCUUUGAUAAUCCGCCGGCUUUGUGUGCUUCUAGAAGCUGAAAGAGUUUACAGGGAACUUUCUGCAAUUCUUGAAGGGGAAUCAGACCUGAAUUUUGCUUCUACUAUGGUUCAGGCUUUGAAUUUGAUUUUGCUCACAUCUUCUGAGCUAUCUGACCUACGAAAUCUUUUAAAGCAAUCGCUAGUUAAUGCUGCUGGAAAAGACUUCUUUUUAUCACUAUAUGCCUCAUGGACCCAUUCAUCCAUGGCCAUAAUAAGUCUAUGCUUAUUAGCACAGGCUUACCAGCAUGCAAGCUGUGUGAUUCAGUCUCUAACAGAGGAGGAUAUAAAUGUCAGAUUUUUAGUUCAGCUUGACAAACUGAUAAACCUAUUGGAGACUCCUAUUUUUGCUUAUCUUAGGCUGCAGCUUCUUGAACCUGGAAAAUAUGUAUGGUUGUUAAAAGCGUUAAAUGGUCUUCUUAUGCUACUUCCACAACAAAGUGCAGCUUUUAAGAUCUUAAACACUCGUUUAAAAACAGUCCCUUCCAUACACUUUUCUGAAGAUGGUAACAUGAAUGAUGAUUCUAUUUCCAUUUCCCCCAAUGGAAUUAACUUUGCAUCUUGGCUUCAACGGUUCCAACGAUUGCAGCAACAACAUCGUCUGCAUUGUAAAUCACUCAACACCUCCACGUCAUCAAAGUCUUUGCAGGUGAAGGAGGUUAAAAAAACAGAAGAAUUUAGAGGACCACCUGUCCCAGAGUUGACCAGACCUCCUUCAAGAUUAUCGCGUAAAGCUCCUGGACAGUUACAACUUUAAACCUGUGUUUGUUUGUUACAUGAGGAGGAGGGCAUUUAUGUCUUUUGCUCAGGUCCUAUAUGCAUGUCAAACACAGUACAACAUGAUCCAGACUCACUCGUCCAACGGAAUCCGAAUUUUUUUCUGGAUUGUUGUUCUUGUGGUUCUGUUAUUUUUGUCACGGGACCAGAGGUUAGAUGUUCUAAGUUAGAACGUGCAGGUCCUUUUCGUUGAUAUUUUUAUAAUAAGAAAAUCUUAAGGCGUUCAUUUAAUUCAUUUUAGAGUAAAUUACAUUUCCGGUCCCUUUGGUUUCUCAUUCUAUACAGUUUUGAUCCAAACUUCAUUUUUGUUGUACAUUUGUCCCAUAUAGUUUCAUAUUGUUGCAGUUUUGGUCUGUAACCUAUGAAAAAUGACUAUUUCAUCAUAGCUGAUAUCUUUUUCCCUCUUUUGUCAUUUGUUUAUGAUUUAUAUUAUUAUUAUUAUUAUUAUUAUUAUUAUUAUCAUUAUUAUUAUUAUAUUAGUGGUCAACGCGUAUUCUUUCUUCUAGAACCUCUAUAACUCUCUCUCUUAAAACACACGCUUUCUCUCUGGAACUCAUGAAUCUUCCCACUCUAUGUUACACGAGUAAUAGAAGUUAAUAAAAAAAUCAAAUGAGAGUUGAUAGUCAUAGACCAAGUCCGUAAAAAUAAAAAAUAAAUAAAUAAAACAUGGAGAAAUUUGCAACAAAAAUAAAAAAUAAAAACAAAAUGGUAUAACACAGAGACCAAACUUGUAAUUUACUAAGCAUUUUAUGAUCCCGGUUUCUAUUAAGCAACAUUAACCCUUAAAACGGUGGGUGUGAAAGAGUAAAACAGUGAUUUAAACAAUGGCCAACUUCCUAUACAGCCAUAUUAUGUACAUACCAUACUCUAAUCUUAGUAAAACUCGUAACAUAAGAAACAGAAACACCGGUAUGUUUCUUCUCUUUUUCAAGGCUCAAUGGCAAGCGUCAAGUGGCAAGUGGCAACCUCAUCUUUCACAGAGCAUAAAUCUUCUCAUGAUCCGAUUCAUCAUCCGAAAUAUUCGCGGAAUACA